GAUCAUCGGGUGGAGGUGUGCAUGCUGAAUGAGUCGUGGACACACUGGCCGAGGUCGGCGCCCGAGCUGACUCGGCUGCCGGCGUGGUGCCGUGGUGGCUAUUCCGAUCCGGAUCAUCCCAUGUGCUACUACAUGCAGGGCUACGACGACAUCUGCGCUCCCAGCUGGGUCAUCAUCGGUACGCUCAAGUCAGGCUCGACCUCGAUGUACUCGUACCUGACCAAGCACCCGCAGGUUGAAGUCCGCGGGCCGAUGCACGAUAAGGCCAACGACGAGAGUGAGAACAAGGGCGCUCGCGGCGGCGGCGGCGGUCGCAAGGUCAAGCCGGUCAAGUUCAAAGAGGUCGGCUACUUUAGCCGGCCAGUCCUCAAGCCGCGGCACAAGCAGUACCUCUCGUUCUUUCCACGCAUUUCGCCCACUGAUGGGCGCUGCACCGGGGAGGGCACCGUCGGCUACUUUGCCGCGCCAUGGGCGCCAUACAACCUGCGCCGGCUGCUGCCCAAUGCCAAGCUCAUUCUCCUCCUCCGCAACCCGAUCGACCGCUCGUACUCGCGCAUCCACCACAUUUUCCAGCUUUUCAUGUCGCGAAAGACCCCAGAGCCGCGCAAGCCGGACGACGACAGCCCGCCGCCGCCGCCGCCAGCCUCGCCCAUGUACGGCUUUGUCAAGGACAAGGCCGCGUUCAUCGACGCCGCCACCUCAGUCGUCUUUGACAUGGUUGCCAACGCCACCAUGACCAUCGUUCAGGACUGCCUUGCCGAUGCCGCUCACCUCUCGUACUUUCACCUACGCGAGUGCUGGAUGCACAAGCAUGGCAGUGCGAUGGGCGAGGUGACGUCCGCGCUCAUCGAGCGGGUUAAGAAGGCUCAGGACCGCGAGGCCGGGCCCGAGGUCGAGCGGCCGAUCACCCGCGCCGCCGUAGCCGACGCCAUCGCCCGCGGCACGCCUAUGCUCGAGGCCAUCCUGCCGGCCAUCAACAAUGCGUUCAACGUCAAGACGCUCCAGCACUCGGUCUACUAUCCGCAGCUCACCCAUUGGCUCAAGGCCUUUCCCCGCCACCAACUGCUUGUCCUCCGCUCCGAGGCCUUCUAUGCAGACACGUUCGCUACCAUGGACCGUGUCACCGCCUUCCUCGGCCUCACACCGGUUGACUGGUCGCAGCUCAUCUCGGGCGUCAAGUUCAACGUCCUCCGCGACGACUCGGGCAUUAUCACACUGGUGCAAGAGCCGGCAAAGGCCUCUUCAUACAACGUCACGGCAAGCGUGCGCCAGCGGCUCGCCAAUUUCUUUCGUCCGUACAACGCCAUGCUCGCCGAACUGGUCGGCGACCCGGCCAUGGCCGAGUGGGAGUAGCCACAGAAGCAAGGUCAUGUCUCACGCAAUGACAGCCUUGACGUACGAGUCACUGCGGAUGAGGAUGCCCCGCCGCUCGAGCUUGGUCACGUCGCUUGCCACAAGCAAGUCGUACAGCGAGUUGUCGAGGAGCACGUCGCCGACCUGGGCGCACUCCUCACCAAGAUACCCGGCGGCGUCGGCGGCGGCGCCCACAGCAUCACCCUCGGCUGCGAGCCGGAGAAACUGGCCGUGGGCCAUGCCGAUGCCGAGCCGGAUCUUGUCAUGAGUGGCUGUCUGACGCGCGUUGUACUCUUGCAGCGUGUCCAUCAUGUCGAGACAGGCGGCGACAGCGGCGUGUGGCGAGAAAAGACCGCCUUGAAAUCGUCGCCUUGAGUCUGCAGGAUGUCGCCGCCGUGCCGCCCAAAGAUCGGUCGGAGUAGCGCCUGCAUCUUGUAGAUGAGCGAGAGAAAGUGGACAAUGCCAUGCGCCUUGACCGUUGCGGUAAAGCCCGACAUGUCCGAGACAAACA